AUUGAUUAGCACAUUUCAAUUCACACACACACACACACACUAUAUUACGAGCAACCUUAUACUACUUACUACAUGGAAAACAACCAUUUUGAUCAAAGAGAAGAACGCUUAUCCGUUGACCAAGUGUCCUACAGAGGUGUUCGCCGAAGAAAAUGGGGGAAAUGGGUAUCGGAGAUCAGAGAGCCCGGUAAGAAAACCAGGAUUUGGCUCGGGAGCUACGAAACAGCCGAGAUGGCCGCAGCUGCCUACGACGCUGCGGCUCUUCACCUCCGAGGACGUGGGACACAUCUCAAUUUCCCGGAGCUCGCCGACAGUUUUCCUCGGCCAGAAAGCUCUAGUUCCGAGGCCGUUCAAGCGGCUGCUCAAGAGGCAUCAUUAAUGUUUAAACCGGGUGGGUCUACUGAACCAGAUAUCGGGUCGGGCCAGGGACUAUCUCGGGUCGGAUUGUCUCCAGAUCAGAUUCAGGCGAUUACUGAGUUCCCAUUGGACUCGCCGAGGAUGGGGUGGAUGCAUGAUUUGGAAGUGAAUGAUUAUGAAGAGUUAUACAGACGAUAUUUUGGUCAGUGCGAUAGAGCUGAGUUUUUUUGAAAAUGCAGCAACUUCAGUCCAUAUGGGAUUUUAAUUGAUAUUUUUUUGGUAAAAUAUAGUGUUUUAAUCUACUUAAUUUCUUUAACAUUCAAAUCUUUUCAUAAUGUAACCAACAAUUUUAGAGUUUCGAUAUGAUAUUUUAUUUAUUUA